AUGAUUUUAAAAUCGCUCUUUGUUGCUGCAUUUUUUUCCGCCUAUGCUUUGGGGGAUGGCGAUGUGGUGUUACUAACGGACAGUGAAUUCAAAGCUAAAUUAGACGGCUAUGAAAUUGCCUUGGUUAAAUUUUUUGCACCUUGGUGUGGCCACUGUAAAAAACUUGCUCCAGAAUUUGAAAGAGCGGCUACUAUUUUAAAAAGAAAUGAUCCUCCAGUCAUUCUAGUGGAAGUUGACUGUACUGAAGGUGGGAAAGAUUCCUGUAGCAAACAUGGUGUCUCUGGUUACCCCACACUAAAAGUUUUCAAGCAGGGUGAAUUUGCUUUUGAUUAUGAAGGACCAAGAGAUGCAGAUGGCAUUGUCAAAUAUAUGAAAGGAAAAGCUGGACCCAGUUCAAAAGAAUUAAAAUCUUUGGAUGAUGUGAAGAAAUUUUUGGACAAUUUUGAUCCAAGUGUUAUAGGGUUUUUCAAGUCAUCAUCAUCGGAAGAAAAUGUUCAAUUCCAAAAACUCGCCUCUGCAUUAAGUGACAAUUUUAGAUUUGCACACACUUUUGAUCCAAGUGUUCUUUCUCAUUACAAUUAUGAAGGGAAAAUUGUCAUGUACCAACCUCCUCGCCUGCAUUCUAAAAUGGAGCCUUCGGAACUUGUUUAUGAAGUUCUCUGGAUCAGUUUGCUCUUAAAGACUGGACAUGGCAUGGUAGGUCAUAGAACAACAGGAAAUGUAGCCCAAUUCGAAAGGCCAUUGAUCACUGUAUAUUAUGAUGUGGACUAUGUGAAAAAUCCCAAAGGCACAAAUUACUGGAGGAACAGAAUAAUCAAAGUAGCCAAAAAGUUAUCUGAGGAAGGCAAGAAUGUCCAUUUUGCUAUUUCGAAUGCUGAUCAAUUUAACCACGAGCUUACUGAACAUGGCUUGACUUAUUCAGCUGACAAGCUGGUAGUUGCUGCCAGAAAUGCUAAAGACCAGAAAUUCUCUAUGACUGAAGAUUUUAGUGUUGAUGCUUUGGAAAAGUUUGCAAAUGACUUUUUAGAGGGAAAUCUAAAACCAUAUUUGAAAUCUGAAGCUGUACCUACAUCAAAUGAUGGACCUGUCAAAGUUGUUGUGGCAGAGGAAUUCGACAAGAUUGUGAAUGACGAAACAAAGGAUGUUCUGAUUGAAUUCUAUGCUCCUUGGUGUGGUCAUUGUAAAUCUCUUGCCCCAAAAUAUGAAGAGCUGGCACAAAAGUUAGCUGAGGAAGAGGACAUAGUGAUUGCUAAAAUGGAUGCUACUGCCAACGAUGUACCAGCACCAUAUGAUGUUAAAGGUUUUCCAACCAUUUACUUUGCUCCCAAAAAUUCCAAAAAGUUUCCAAAAAGAUAUGAGGGUGGCAGAGAAGUUGAUGACUUCAUAAAAUAUUUGGCAAAAGAAUCAACAGAUCCUUUGACCAAAUACACACGAGAUGGGAAAAAAAUCAAAGCCAAGAAAGUCGAUUUGUAG